AUGUCUUUUAACGUUAACAUUUGGACGUACCUUUCUUCUUAUACAAUGAAUUUCAUUUCAUUCAGUCUUGUCAUUCGGGUAUUUGAUGAUAUCAUCACAACAAAUGUUUUAAGAGAUAUUAUUUGCAUCAUUCUCUUAUACGAUUCUAAAUUUUUAUCACCUCCUUUUUUUCUUUCUUUCUUUCUUUUGUUAACUUAUUCAUUUCUCAUCACAGUUUACUAUAACUGUUUCUUUUUUUCUUUUUUUUCUUCUUUCUCUGUUUAUUUUAUUCUGUUUUCUUUCUCUUAUUUCUUUCUUUCGUUCUUUCUUUCUUCAUCCUUUUUUUCGUUGAAUAUGAUUUCUUUCAUCGUACUGUUCUUUAUAUUUUUUUUAAAUUUCUUUAAUGCUUUAUUCUCUUGUUUCUUUCUCUUUAUUUCGGCAUUUCAUUCCUUUUCUUUUUAUCCUUUUUCUUUUUUCUGUAAUUCAUUUUUAAGCGUUCCUCUCUCUUCAUUCCUGUCUUUUUUUAUUUAUCUCUCGCAUCAACCAAUUCCUACCUAUAUGAUCAACGAUCACCUCAAUAAAUUUAUAUCUAUCUAUCUAUCUAUCUAUCUAUCUAUCUGUUGA